GGAGCAGGGCACGGGGAUGGGAAGAAGGGGUGAGGAACAGGGAGUAUGACUUCUGCAACGUCACCUAUCAUUUUGAAAUGGGACCCCAAAAGUUUGGAAAUCAGGACUCUCACAGUGGAGAGGCUGCUGGAGCCACUCGUUACCCAGGUAACAACACUCGUGAACACGAGCAAUAAGGGCCCGUCUGGCAAGAAGAAAGGGCGCUCUAAGAAGGCUCAUGUUUUGGCUGCCUCAGUGGAACAGGCCACUCAGAACUUCUUGGAAAAAGGAGAUCAGAUUGCUAAGGAGAGCCAGGACCUCAAGGAGGAGCUGGUUGCUGCUGUGGAGGAUGUUCGAAAACAAGGAGAAACCAUGCGAAUUGCCUCCUCGGAGUUCGCCGACGACCCCUGCUCCUCGGUGAAGAGGGGCACCAUGGUGAGGGCAGCCCGGGCCCUGCUCUCGGCCGUCACCCGCCUCCUCAUCCUGGCUGACAUGGCUGAUGUCAUGAGGCUUCUCUCACACCUGAAGAUUGUAGAGGAAGCACUAGAAGCAGUGAAAAAUGCAACAAAUGAGCAAGAUUUAGCGAAUCGCUUCAAGGAAUUUGGGAAGGAGAUGGUAAAACUGAACUAUGUGGCUGCCAGACGACAACAGGAGCUGAAGGACCCUCACUGCAGGGAUGAGAUGGCUGCAGCCCGAGGGGCUCUGAAGAAGAAUGCCACCAUGCUGUACACGGCGUCCCAGGCCUUCCUCCGCCACCCCGACGUUGCAGCCACGAGGGCCAACAGGGACUACGUCUUCAAGCAAGUGCAGGAGGCCAUUGCUGGGAUCUCCAACGCUGCCCAGGCCACCUCGCCCACCGACGAGAACAAGGGCCACACUGGCAUAGGAGAGCUUGCUGCUGCCCUGAAUGAGUUUGAU